AUGGCAACUCGGCAGCAUAAGAGUAGAGUUCAGGUUUGGUGUAGGCUUAAACCUACAACAAAAUUCGUACCUGGUGUAUUGAAUUUCUUGCCAGAUAACAAGACUAUCAAUAUUCAUUUGGAUCGAGAUGCCAAAAAGGGAGUAGUGAACCAUCAGAUUUCAGAUUGGUCUUUUACUUUGAAUGGUGUGUUCAACAAUAGCAGUCAGGAGACUGUAUAUACAACUGUGGCUAAAGAUCUGGUCUCUGCAGCACUAAAUGGAUACAAUGGAACCAUCAUGUGUUAUGGUCAAACUGGAGCUGGUAAAACCUUCACAAUGUCUGGAGUUAAUGAGAACUUUCAAAAUCGGGGCUUGAUUCCACGAGCUUUAACUCAGUUGUAUAAAGAGAUUGAGGGUCGUCAAGAAGAUGCUGUCACUAUCAGGAUUUCCUAUUUGGAGAUUUACAAUGAAAAAAUCUUUGAUUUGCUGGCAAGAUAUUCUGAACCCACUGAUUUAGGUUCUGUUGAUAAAUUGGUAAUUGUAGAAAAUAGCAAUGGAGUGUAUGUUCGUGGACUUUCCUAUCAUCUUGCUCAAAAUGAAGAGGAGUCUCUCAAUCUACUCUUUGAAGGAGAGACAAACCGUACCAUAGGUGAGCAUUGCUAUAAUCAAAGGUCAACUCGAUCCCAUUGUAUUUUUUCUAUUUACAUUGAGACAAGAUCGCUAGUGAAUACUGAUGCUAAGUACACAGUUUCAAAAUUAAACUUUGUUGACCUGGCUGGUUCUGAAAGGCUUGGAAAAACCAAUUCAAGCAGCAAGAUCCAAAUGGAAGCACAGCAUAUCAAUAAAUCACAAACAUUUUUACAGCAAGUUGUUGCAGCUAUGGCUGAUGAGAAAAGAAAGCACAUUCCUUUUCGACAAUCCAAACUAACAUAUUUCCUUAAAGACUCCAUUGGUGGCAACUGCAAUACAAUCCUCAUUGCUAACAUUUGGUCAGAAAUUGAACAAAUUGAUGAGACUAUAUCCACAUUGCGCUUUGCUAUAAAUAUGAUGUGCGUUCCUGUAAAUCUAUCUAUUAAUGAACAUUAUGAUUCAGAGCUGCAGGUAAAAAAUCUUCGUCAAGAGAUUUCUUUGUUGAAGAUAGAACUGGCCAUGCAUGAUACUCUGACCAAUCGUACACAAGUCACAUAUGAACCGUUAUCUGAGCAACAAAGGUUUUGUAUGAAGCAGAAAUUACAGAAAUAUUUGGAUGGAUCUUUAGAGGAAAUUGAUAUUAUAAAUGUUCGUCAAAUUCAAGGUUAUUUUGCUCUAUUCCGAGAACUCUAUAGUAAUCUGGAAAAAACUGUUGAAGAGAAUUUCAAACAACGUUACACUCUGAUUGAUCGUACUGAUGCAGCUGCCAUUGCAGCAGCUCAAAAGGCAGGCAUUGCCAUCAAAGAUGAUGGCACAUUGGUUGGGGAACUUGAUGGCUCAGGUUUUGGGGUAGGAUCAUCAACAAAAGCUGCAAAGGCUGAUCCCUCUGCCGUGGUGCAGCUGAAAAAAGGAAACAAAGAAAAGGAGAAGAAAUUUAAACCCAAAGAUCGACAAAGUCCAGGCUAUAAGGUGGUGACCCCAACGAGCCCUCGUGAAAAGGAACAAAAAUCUCCUUCCGUCUCCCCAACAGAAAUCCGGGAGAAAAAAGCAGAAGAGAAAGAAGCAGAAGUCAUUAUCACUCCACCUGAAAGUGACUUAGAAAAAUCAACAGAGAAACCUGACAGACCCAGUACUCCUCCAAGUCGAACUAUUGCUUUUGAGGACUUUAAAACACAGCAAGGAUUUGAAAUCAAUCGAAUUUUAACAGAAAACAAAGGGAUUUUGUUUGCCAAGAAAAGGUUGUACACUGAACAUGCAAGAGAAAUCAAUAAAAUCAAGGGAGAAAUUGACAAAUGUAAAAAACAUUUAGAAGACUGCACCAGAGAAAGACAUAGACUUGGUGUUUUGUAUGAUGAAGAAGGUGGAGAAGUUCUCAGUGAGGAGGAAUUUCAGAGUCUCAAACAUCUGAAACAACUCAAGAAUGACUAUCGACUGAAAUUUGAUGAACAUAAAAGUCUUAAGAAUGAAAUCUUUUACUGCCAGAAGUUGGUUGAUCAGUGUAGACAAAAAUUGAUUCAAGAUUUUGAUAAUUGGUUUGCUGAAUGUUUCCUCUUACCUGGAACAGAAAUAAGCAGCAAAGAGGCUGGCUAUGGAGUCCAACUAGGUUUGAAUGCACGCUACAAGAUCCAAACAUCUAUUGAAGAUGAAAAAGAAAAGUAUGAACGAAUCAAGAAUGAUUUAUUAAAGAACGAACCUGACUUGGCUCCUUACCAUAAUGCUUUGAUGAGAACACAACAACGAAAAAUUUAUAGAAAUGCAUUGGCCAGAUCAUGUACUGACAAAACCAAUAAGAAUCAAUAA